AUGGCGGCCGAAGAAGAAGAAUGGGAUUUAUCCUACGUCCCUUUCGACUACGAUCUCCUCCCGCGAGGCGACCUAGGCCCUCGUCUCAAUGCCACCGUAUGGACCUUCACCGGCGUCGCGGCCGUCAUCCUCAUUCUCCGCAUCUACUGCAAGCUCAGUAGGAGAAAAGCCCUGUGGCUCGAUGACCAUGUCCUCGUCGCAGCAUGGAUAUCCCUCGCCCUCCUCGGCUCCUUCAACUCCGCAGCAAUAUCCCUCGGCUUCGGCAAACACAGCUGGGAAAUCCCCCGCGACACCUUCGACUACCUCCUCCUACACUGCAACCUGGCCGGCACCUUCUCCAUCCUCGCCGCCGCCUGGAGCAAGACGUCCUUCGCCUUGACGCUCUACCGCCUCACCGCCGAGCGCCCCUUCAUGCGCGCCUUUCUCUGGUUCGCCAUCAUCUCCAUCAAUCUGGCCUGCGGCGGCGUCGUCGUCAUCACCUGGGCGCAGUGCACGCCGGUCGAGAAGGUGUGGCAGCCCAAUCUCGAGCCCGGCACCUGCUGGCCCAAGUCGAUCCACAUCAACUACAACAUUUUCGCCGCCGUCUACUCGGGCACCAUGGACAUUGUGCUCGCUCUCGUGCCUUGGAUCUUGAUUUGGAGGUUGACCCUGUCCAAGAAGGAGAAGUUUGGCAUGCUCGUUGCCAUGAGCAUGGGCAUUUUACUUUUGGCUAACAAAAUUCCCAUCAGCGCCGGUAUCGUCUCCUUUGUCAAAAUCAGCACCCUCUACGCCAUCGAGCACGCCGACAUGAUCAAGACAGUCGACCUCGUCACCUGGGGCGCGGCCGAAAGCGCCGUCACCAUCAUCGCCGCCUCGCUGCCCGUCCUCCGCGUCUUCGUCGUCACCCACGUCAAGUCGCGCAACGUCAACGAGCCCAACAGCAUGGCCACCGAAGAGAAAACCUUCCUGCGGCGGCUCGAUUUUUUUUCCACCGCCUCGACCCGCUCGCGCGGCAGCAGCCGGCCCGACUCGGGCGCGUGGCGGCCGUCGUCGCGCAACGGGUGGCGCAGGGUCGAGGUGAAGGACUGGCGGUGGAAGCAGCAACAGCAACAACAACAACAACAGCAGGGGGGGCAGCAGCAUAUGAGGUCGCCCACGGGUGAGCACAUGAACAUGCACGCCGACGACGUCGAGAUGGCGUAUCAGUCGGAGAGGAAGAGCCCGCUGCAGCCCGUGUACGAGAACCCGAGCAGCGAGGACUUUGAGUUUGGGUUCGAUUCCGAGGAAACGAGCAGGGAGGCGGAUUUGGAUGGGUUGCGGGCGCAUCCUCUUACGGCGCCUGGGCGGGCGGACUCGCGAGAUUUUCCGUUGCCGCCGACCUACAGCCCGAGAGGCUGA